UAUUUUGUGCUGGACAUGGCCAACUUCCUUCAGUGUAAAGAUGACCUCCUGCAGUCCUUCUGCAACGCCUUCACCAUCCCACCCAGCUUCUCCCAGCAGAUCCGAGGCUUCUGGCUCCUGGACCACGGCCACAUGUCGAGCUCCAUGGAGCUGCUGUUGAGCCCCAGGUGUGCGGCGCCCUGGCUGUCCUGGCAGCAUCGCUGCAUCCUCCACAGCCUGCUCCGAGGCAGGCAGCCCUGCAUGGCCCUCAGGUACCUCCUCUGGACCAGGCCGGCCAUGGAAGGCACCCUCGACCUCAAGCUCUGCGUGGAUGUUCUCCUGCAGAACGGUAACGUGUCAGGGGCUUGGGCCCUCCUGAGGAAAAGUCACAAAGGAAGAAGGGACACAGUGAGGUACCUCCUCCAGGAAUGUGACAGGCUUGGCCUGCAUCCGGAAGCUUCCAACUGCGAAGGGAUUCUCAAGAGUGAUGAGCAGAGUGGUGAUGACUCUGAGGGCGAGAGAGAAGAGAAAGCUCCUCAACCACCGGGAGGCCACGAGACACACCUGCCAGUGAAAUGGCCAGGGCAACCUCUUAGUCCAUUCUCGGCUCAGCUGUACCAGUGUCAGUGUCUCAACAAGCUGUGCUCAGACGAUCUGGUUCGACUGUUCAAAGAGGCUGUGAGUGCACUGACACCUCCCAGACCAAGAGGAAGGGAGGUGGUGUGGCUUUGUGAGGCUCCAGAGAGGAGGCAGAGCUGCCCCUGUCUCUCCACCCAGGCUCUGCGCCAGCUCCUCCCCCGACCCUCCCCUGGGGGCCUGUCUGACAGGCGGACAGAGGGGCAGCCACGCGCCGCUAACCUGGAGGAACAGUCACCUUUUGUGACUGAGGAGGUCCCUGUAUCUGUGGACGACCCUGCCUCCCCCCCUGCCUCUCCCCCUGCCUCCCCCCCUGCCUCUCCCUCUGCCUCCGUCGGAAGCCCUGACUCCGCCUCUUCCUUCGCCUCUGCCUCGUCCCUGUUCCACAUGAGGUGGGAGCACCCGUGUGCGUACGAGAGCACCGUGACCCUGCAGCAGAUCUCCGCCCUGCUGGGCAGCGAGGCGGGGCUGGACUGCUGCAGCGCGCAGGAGGAGGAGAGCAGGUUGAGCUCGGCCGAAACGCCACCAGGCUGCCCCGACCUCACUCUGACACUAGAGGGCGCCGGAGACCCUUUCUCCUUCAACAGCCUGCUGGUGUUCUCCGACUGGGCAGUGGAGGAGGUGCUGACCUGCUCCACCCAGGGGGGCGAGGUCCUGAUGGAGGCUGCUGGAGCUAGCGAAGACCUGGGUCUUCUCCUCGACAGGAGGCCUCGGAGCAGACUGAACCUCCCUCCUCAGUUCUACAGCAACGAAGACAACCAAUCAGUGCUCUCUACACUGGAGUGUCAAAUGGAAAGUCACAACUUCUUGACUCCUGACUAUGAUAAAUUAGACUACCACAAAGGAGUGUGCAGGGACGUCUCCCACGGGCCUCCCAAUGCGACCGAGGAGUUCAGUGCCCAGGCCUCAGAGAGCCAGGCAGCUGUCCUCCUCGCCCAGACCUCCAGGGUUGCGUCACAGUGUUUCCUGGAACUUGGGCCCUUACAGAGAGCGUCCGACCUCCCUCCACUAGAGGAAGCCGUGGAGUGUUUCAGAAGGGAUUCCCAGGAUGCAGUGGACCAGCCGGAGAUCCUGACCUCCUGUGCCCUGACGGAGACCACCCAGGACCUGCUGUCUGAGCUGCACCUCAGCCUGGACCUGCUGGAGGUCCAGGACAGCUCGGGCCUGAGCUCCAGCCCAGAGGGGAAGCAGGAGAGCAGGGGCCCAGGGAGGUACAGACGGCCCGUCUCCCUGGAGGACUUCUCCCUGCACAUCCCCCUGUGCCGCUCCAGGAACCUGCAGGUCCCCGCAGGCCCGCUGUCUCCGCGGACCAGCCCCACGCGCUCCCCACAGCUCAGCCCCUCUGGCCCGGAGGGCAGCUCUCGGGAGAGGUCCCCGGGAGGAGGCAAGACCUCCAGGAAGGAGGCGGCCUGCUUCAGGAGCACCUCCGACCGGCUGGGACACUGCAAGCUGGGCAGCUGGUGGAAGCAGGCGCUGGAGACUCGCAGGGCGUCCACCGGUCUGCUGCCCGCCAUCGAGCAGGUGCCCACCGUAACCCUAGAAAAGCGGGCGUCUGUUCCUGGCCGGGCGUACUCCCACAGUCUGGUCACCUUCUCGGAGUCCCCAAGCAAGCAGAAAGGAGACAAGAGGGAGGUGAAACAGGUAGGUAAGGAGGAGCCUGCGGCCCACAGGGCUUCUGGGAAGGCGCCGCACCAGCGGGCAGAGCAGGGCGUGGCGGGGCAGCGAGGGCCGCGCACCAGGAGGGGCAAGCGUGUGAAGAAAACCUGAAGACAUUACCCAGCAUCCUCAGGGGCCGUGUUAUUACCCAGCAUCCUCAGGGGCCGUGUUAUUACCCAGCAUCCUCAGGGGCCGUGUUAUUACCCAGCAUCCUCAGGGGCCGUGUUAUUACCCAGCAUCCUCAGGGGCUGUGGAGCAUCAACACAGACCAUCAGCAUGCCGAUACGAGUCUUAAGAGUGUUUUCUAUUUAUUCGUUUUUUUUUUGUAGAUGUAUAGAGUAAAUGUUCAAUAAAUAUUUUUCUAUCAUAG